ACCAGUUCUGGUGGAGGGCGCGGACCUACCGAGCACAGGGACCAUGGCCUCCAAGUGUCCCAAGUGUGACAAGACCGUGUACUUCGCCGAGAAGGUGAGCUCCCUGGGCAAGGACUGGCACAAGUUCUGUCUCAAAUGCGAGCGCUGCAGCAAGACACUGACCCCUGGGGGCCACGCUGAGCAUGAUGGGAAGCCCUUCUGCCACAAGCCCUGCUAUGCCACACUGUUUGGACCCAAAGGCGUGAAUAUAGGGGGCGCUGGUUCCUACAUCUAUGAGAAGCCUCUGGCUGAGGGCCCUCAGGUCACUGGCCCCAUCGAGGUCCCUGUGGUGCGAACAGAGGAGAAGAAGACCAGCGGACCCCCCAAAGGUCCCAGCAAAGCCUCUAGUGUCACUACAUUCACUGGGGAGCCCAACAUGUGUCCUCGAUGCAACAAGAGGGUGUACUUUGCUGAGAAGGUGACCUCUCUGGGCAAGGAUUGGCACCGGCCCUGCUUGCGCUGUGAGCGCUGCUCCAAGACGCUGACUCCCGGCGGGCAUGCUGAGCAUGACGGCCAGCCCUACUGCCACAAGCCUUGAUAUGGAAUUCUCUUUGGACCCAAGGGUGUGAAUACCGGUGCUGUGGGCAGCUAUAUCUAUGACAAAGACCCUGAAGGCACCGUUCAGCCUUAGAUCUGCAGAUGCUGUGCUCGGGAUCCCUUACUUGACCCUAAGGGAAAGUGACUUGCUGCCUAGUCCUGCCUCAGUGUGUCUUGCCUGCAAACCCCAGGGCCUAAGUGGUGGAGGAGGAAGCCUCCUGGGUAGUCUCCAGAAUAGCCCAGAAUUUCAGCCCUAUUUCUUUGUGUGCUACCUCGGCAUGUUCUAUGCUACCCAUUGUCCCCUUUGUGUCUGUGUACCUCCAUAGUCCAUGUGUCCUGUGCCCCUGUGCCCAGCAUUCUCUCUGUCCCUGACAGCUCUCCGAGGU